UCUCCCAAAUUUUAUACCCACAAAUUCCUUCUCCGAAAUUCCCUCUAGCCCUUCACUUCCUACACCCCUCCUUUGCCCCUUCUCCUCCCUCUGUACUUCCACUCUCCAACCUCUUCCUAUAUGCUUCUUCCCUAAACCCUAUCUGCCUUGGCUCACUGGCCCAAUAAGCUGUUGGCCGAAGUAGGCUCUGAGCACCUGAGCGAAAACAGAGUUUGAAAAACUGGUUUUGAAGGGUUAGUGGCAGAGUCUUUGUUGAGGAAGAUGCUGGAGAGGUCAGAGAGGGAAGUUCAGGAGGGGAGAGGGUAUAGUUGGGACGGUGGGAGAUUUUUAGGUCUGGAGUUCUUUGAUGAGGAGGGAGAGAAUUUGUGGAUUAGGAAUAUGAGUGCAAUGAGAAGUGGAAUUUGGAGUAUAAUAGAGAGGUGGGUGUUUUAUGGUUUCUGGUGUCUUCAGGAAAACUCUGAAUUAUUUCAUCUUACUCUGAACAGCCAGAAGUGUCAUUUCCUUUGAAUGCGGACAUGAAGAAUUAUCCAAUUCUCAUACGAAUACACAAAGAUUUUCCAUCAAAAAUAUCUUUGCCUUUAUCAUGGAUCAUUUUGGUACAGUCUUCUCUGGGCCAGAGUAUAAUGGUGAAUACUGGUGUUAAACUCGAUACAGUUCAUCAGUUAUAAUGACUCACAAUAAUUUAUUUCCAUAUAACGAUCUUAGUGUAUCAUAACCAUAUUCUUGUUCAGUGGCUACAUGUCUGGAAAAUGGUCUGAACUUUU